UUGAUUUAGUUUGGGACCAACUACCGGAUUAAUCUAACAUUUUUGCUUUGCCUGUGAUGACUCUGUUACAAGUUUAAAAGUCGCGGUUGCUGCACGUUUGGGAGGUGACGACGUUGAGUGCGAUUACGGCUUGCUAACGCGUUAAUGAUAGUUUGCAUAGUUAACUAGUGUAACUAGCCAACUGAAUUGCUUCUUUAGACGCCAGGAGAAAAGUGUGAAUCGGUUUUUGCUUGGUUGAAUAUGUUCUUAUGGGUUACAACUGUAUGAAUCGACUUGAAAUGGCUAGAUAUGUAAUGUUUGCUCAUGUGAAAUGAACAAAAAUAUUAGAAUUUGAACAUGGACGUAACGUUAUUUGUUUUUCUGAUACUUGUUGCUGAUAUUUGUGGAUAGCCGCCUUGGUAACAGACUGGAUCAACGUUCCUUCCUGACUGUAAUGACAGUGAGCAAGGAUGGGAAAGACGCCUGCUGUGGUGAUCCUCCAGCGGCACCUCAGUGUCAGGUAGUGAAGGCCAAAGGCAAUGCAGUCUGCUAACUGUCAUCUGGGAAACCACCAUAUACAAUGAAGAAGAUAUUCAACUUCACCAAGAAAAAGAAAGGAUUCUCACCUAACACCUCGGACACUGGGAGUGUGCUGUCUGUGGGCUAUGAUUUGAAGGAGAAGGACCUUGGAAAGGUACACAAGGCUGCUUAUGGGGGUGACUUGGCCAAACUGAAGCAGCUUGCCAAGAAGAAUGACAUCAAUCAGCUUGAUAAGGAGAACAGAACAGCACUUCACAUUGCCUGUGCCAAUGGACAUACAGACGUGGUCCAGUUCCUGGUUGAGAGCAAAGCCAAGCUCAACCUAUGCGACAAUCAAAACAGAUCCCCGUUGAUGAAGGCAGUGCAGUGCCAGCAGGAACGCUGCGUGGUCACUCUGCUGGAGCAUGAUGCCGAACCUAAUCUGGUGGACAUCAACGGCAACACGGCCCUGCACCUGGCCUCCUGCAUCCCUGCCUGCUCCACCGCUAUGCUGCUGCUGGAGCACGAGGCCAAUAUCAACGCCCAGAACAAGGAGGGAUACUCCCCACUGACUAUGGCAGUGAAGGAGAAUCAUGCCGAGAUGGCCGAGUUCCUCCUCAAGGAGGGGGCCGACGUCAACACUAAGGACCAGGGACACAGGUCCCCAUUGAUGAUCGCUGCUUGCAAUGGACAAAUCAGUAUGGUGCGGCUACUCCUGCAGUACGACGCAGACAUCACCUUAAAGGACAAUAAUGGAUGGUCGUCCGAUGACUAUGCUGUGAUGAACGGACACCACGCUUGUUCCCAUCUCAUUAUUGAGCAUGGUACCAAGAGGAAGUCCAUGCCGUCUCCCGCCCACGCCCCGGCCAAAAAGAAGCGAGCGUCCAUGUUGUGCAGCCCUUCCGAAGAAGCAGGCUUCUCUCUGGGGGGACCAGCAACUGACAAAGAUGAGAAAGGAGCGAGUGAAGGAGGGAGAGAUGUUGAAGACCAGUCGCAAACGGAGUCAAUAAGUCGGGCGUCAAAAAGUGCAGCUGACGAUUCCUGGCCAUCCUCAGAUGAAGAGGACGAAUUGGAUAUAACCCCAAAGAAACAUCCAAAGCUAAACCUAAAGAAACUGAUGAAUGCCUCCAAAAAGGGAAAGAAUGACGCUGUAACCGAUCUCGAAAAGCCAUGGAGCGGCCCUGAGGCCGAGAGCGAGAACCGAGUCCAGAGAAACCCAUCCCUUCCCAAGGCUUUCCCACCCAGCAGUGCCCCCCAGCAUCUAGUCUCCCCCUCACCCUCUGCCUCCUUUACCUCCAAACCUGCCCAGAUGACCUCUACCCGUCUUCAGAGUUCCAGAAAGGAAACAGAUUCCACAGAGGAUGAAGAAGAUUACGAUGAAGACAGAGGUGGUGAUGAAGAAGAUGAGGAAGAGAAAAGCUUCAAGGAGGAGAUGGGAAAGACAACAUAUCAGACAGAAGAGGAGAAAGACGAUUCCCUUGUUGAUGAUUCACCAGUCCCCGGAGGUGAAGACACCUCCAAAGAAAAACAAAGAGAUUUCCUUUCUGAGUUGGGUCUGGAGAAGGGAGAUGAUGAGGAAGACUCAUGGGACACUGAGUCUGGCUCUGUCAGUCCCAGAAAACAGCAUGGCCGAGAUCCUGCGAAGGUGCCACAUGUUUCCAUUAUUUCAGGGGAGAACAAAGAAGAUAUAAGAAAUUAUGAUAAUGAUGCCGACAAUGUCCCAGAAAAGCCAGAGAAAAUCAAAAGGGAAACUCUGUCCAUCUUGACCAAGCUUGAACUGUCCAAAAAAGAUGCUGACAAAAAGACUGACAUAAUGGAGGAGCUUGGGUUGGGUGAUGUUGAUGAUCUUGAAGAUGCCUCUGAUUGGGACACGGCCAGCACCGCCAGCAGGAGAACCCUCCCCGGCCACGGAGUGCCUUCCCCCGGUGGCGAGGAGCUGAGGGAGGAGGCCUCUUCCCGAUCCCCCGUCCCUCUGCCGGCUGUCCAGGAGCAGGAGCCAGAUGCCGAUAUAGCAGUAAUAGGGGAGAGGAGCAGUCCUGAGGAGAAGACAUACUUUCAUUCGGAGAGACCCCUCCCAUUGGCCAGCCCGCGCUCCUUUACCCCUCAAACCCAACCCCAGCCAUGUGCUCGGAAGAUGCAGCUCCAGAGAACAGAGUGUGAGGAAGACUUUGGUUGGGAUUCUGACCACGUGAAUACCUCUACCCCCAGCCCAGUCAGGACUGGGAAGCAACUACCAAACGUAACAGAGACCGCCACAGUGUUGAAACCUAAUAACCCUGUGCGUGAGCCCUCGCCAGUGAAGCAAGAGAGUGAAAGCAGUCCAGAGCCCGAGGAGCAGGCACAAGAGGAGAAAGACGUUGCAUCAGAGUUAGACGUAAGUAACCCGUGCCACCUUGACCCUGUCAAGUCCCAAACUGGGGAGGAGCAGGAGGAGUACAAAGAGAAAGAAGGGAGAUAUGUAGUUGGAGAGGGAGACGGUAAAGAGGAAGAGCCAGGCUGGGAGAAACGUUACGGGAAGAUCUGGGUGGAGUUAGAGAAGAGGGAGGUUAAGUCCUCCUACAGGAACGUGGCGGCCGAACUGAAGGAGAAAUUUGGAGAACUUCCAGCUGAAUCCGCCUCUGACGAAACUACAGAAGAAGAAGAAAAACGGGGGGAGAACGUAAAGAUAGUUGAAUCUCCCGCCAGAACCACUGAGGAAGAGUCCAGCAACGAAGAGGUGGGGGAGCCUAUAGUCUGUCCGUUGAGCAGGGCAAGGAGGAGUAGCAGCAAUGCAGUCCUGCUGACCAUUUUUGAGCAGAGGGGGUCCGGGCUGGAGGACUCUCAGACCGAGUCGGCUGACAACUCCCUAUGCGAAGACAGGACUCAGCAUGGUGACAGCCCCGGGAGUCGCCACCUCUCCCCCAGUGCCGAGGACAGUGAGACGGGGGACCUGGAGGUCUUCUGUGGCAUUGAGCCAGAGAACAGGUCUGCUUUGCCGCAACUGUUUGGGGAAAUCGACAGAGAGCGAGAAGUAGACUACAAUGUCGAUAAUGUCACCAAGACGUUCACAGAUUGCAAUGCAGCCUCAGUGGAACUCAAAUCAGACCAUGUUCAUAUGGAUUCGUCCUUGAACAAAGGCGAGUCCAACCCUAGCCCAGACAAAGAUGCCACUACCAAACCAAAGCCUGCCGCAGAGGAACGUUGGCCAGGGCAAGUCCAACAGGACGAUGAGAAGAGCCCCUCCAUGUACGAAGAAGAAACCGAAGUGCGUCCCUCCCAGUCUCAGCCCCCCUCAUUGAGCAAUGUGUGUCCCCCAGCUCCUUUACUUCCCUCAGACAAAGAGCUGGAAGAGGACCUUCGGAGGUUCAACCACGAGGUAGGGAUGCUGAAGGUUGUGUUCCUGGAUUUGGAGAAAGAGAAGGCCCUGCUCUGGAAAGAGGUGGGCGAAGACAAGACAAAGGCCAACAUGGAGGUGCUGCAAAAAUCAAGUGCCUCACGGGUUGCUGGAGGAUCAAUGAGCAGACGGUGUGAACUAGACCAAGAAGACGAGGAGAAACCCGAGACCUGUUUAGGACACCCUAAAGUGUCACGCAGUGGAAAUGGAGCAACAGAAAGUGAACAUCAGCUCAGAGCAACAGACCGUAUUACCCAAAGACACUGGUCCAAAAGUACAAAGAGGGCCCUGGAGGACCAACUACAUCAUCAGCAGCAGAAGGAGGAGGAGGGGAGAGCUGUAUCUAACGAGGCCACCUUACAGUUACCCUUUCUGGGGGGAGCCAGGCAUGGCCGAGCCCCCCAGGCAGCUAACCAUGUUAACGCAGGAGACCCCAUCUCAGUGUUUGACGAUAGUACUUUAAGUGAAGUGUCGGACGAUGAUGGAAGGUCUCUAUCUGCAUGGCAUCAGAAAGACAAGACCACUGGCGAGAUGGAGAUGGCGGAGGACUUUGAUGAGCUCACACAGUCAUCGGACACGGCCACAUCUGACCUCGAAGACCCCACUUCUGGCUACCGUCACGCCUCUUUUCUCAUCAAACAGCUCGACUCUGCCAAUUUAGACUCUGUGAGCAUUGUGAAGCUCCGGAACAUUUUCCACGAGUAUGAGCGCACCAUCCAGAAGGAGAAGGACCGCCAUGGGCACCUGUCUGACAACGUGAGCCAGCUGGAGGUCAAGCAGCGCGAGCUGAUGGCCUCACUACAGGAAAGCCAGGACAGCAAGCAGGCCCUGGAUCACCGGCAGCUUGAGCUGGACACGGACCUCAACAACUUUAAGUUCCAGCUGAAGCAGGAGCAGGAGAAGCACCGGAACGCCUCCAUGAUGUAUGACAAGAACCGGGAGAUGCUGCGGAAGAAGGAGGAGGAGCUCCGGGCCGAGGCAGAGGAGAAGCACAAGGUGGAACUGGCCAUGAGGAACCUGGAGCUGGAGAUGAGGGCCAUUAUUAACAACAUGAAACAGUCGGAGGACGACCACAGCGAGACCCAGAGGCUGCUGACCCAGGAGCGAGUUGCCCGAGCUUUGUCGGAGACCCUCCUCAACAAUCACCUCCGCAAGCAGCAGGAGAUCGAGGAGGAGAACAGGAGGACCAUCAGUAAGAGCAACGAGGCCCUGUCCCAGUUGACGGAGGCCACCGACCGAGAGAGGGGGCUGCUGCAGCAGAGCUCUGUGCUCCAGGACGAGCUGAGCUCCCUGAGAGCUGAGCUGGAGCGCUCCUGCUCCCACAGUCGCCAGGAGGAGUCCCGCUUCUCCGAGGAGAGCGAGGCGUUGAGGGAGCGCCUCGAGGACGCCCGGCGCGACCUCAAACUCAACGAGGAGGCGCUGGCCCAGACAGUCUACCAGUACACCAGCCAGGUGACCACCGUCAAGGCCGAGCUGGCUGUGGCUUCCACACGGCUGGAGCACGAGCGCCAGGCGAGGGAGCAGCUGGAAGCCGAAGGUGAGUCAGCGAGGACGCGGCUGACUGGCGCUCUUCAGGAGGUAGAGAGGUGCCAGGUGGCACGUGCUGACGCCGAAAGGGCUCUUCGUCGCGAGCGCGAGGGGCACCAGCGUGCCCAGGACAAGCUUACUGGCGAGGCGGCGAACAACCGCGAGGCGGUGGGCGGGCUGUCGCAGAAACUCGCUAAGGCAGAGUCACGUGCAAACGGCCUCGAAAAUGAGGUGCACCGUGUCACAAUGUCGCUUGCCGAGAUGGAGCAUGUGGUCGCCACGCUGCAGAGGGACAAGGAGCAAAUAGGGGGGCGAGUGAAGGAGCUUGAGGCAGCUCUACAGACGGAGAGGGAGCAGGCUGGGAGAGUGUGCGCCCGGCAGGAGACGCUGCAGGAGAGGCUGGCGGCGGCACAGAGCGAGGCCAUGCUGCUGAGGCAACAGCUGGAGGAGGCCCAGAACAAAGGGAUGGUGAAGGAGAAGGCGGUGACGGACGCCCAGGAGCGCUUUGGCGACCUGCUGGCUAAGCUGCGCUCGGACGGGGAGGAGCGUGUGCAGCUGGUAGAGGAGAGGAGCAAGGAGCUGGCCACCAAGGCUGCCGACCUCCGUGACCAGGUCUACAAGCUGGAGGAGGAGAAGAACGACAGAGAGACUGGUUUGAGGCAGCUGCAGCAAGAACUCGCCGACUCACUGAAGAAGCUGUCAAUGAGCGAGGCUUCCCUGGAGGUGAACACACGCUACCGCAAUGACCUGGAGGAGGAGAAGGCACGACUGCUCAAGGACAUGGACCGCCUUAAGGGGAAGCUGGAGGAGAGCGAGGACCAGUACGUUCAGGCAGAGCGGCGCAUCAAUGCUCUGAAGAGCAGUCUGGAUGAGAAGGAGCGAGAGGUGGUCGCCGCCUCUCAGAAACUGCAGGAGGUGCUGUCUGCCUUUGCAGGCUCAGACACCACCAUUAAACAGCUGGAGGAGGCAGUGCAGAGAUUGGAGAUUGAGAAUGCCAGGCUGGAGGCAGCAGCAAAGCAGCAGACCAACAAGAUCGAGGCACUGCAGAAAGGAGUCCAAGACUCUGCCAUGGUCAGGAACCGUCUGGAGGACUUGGUGACUGGCCUGCAGUGCAGCAAGAUGACCCUGGAGGACCAGCUCAGUCAGGAGGUGCAGAAGCAAAGCAUGCUGUCCCAUAACGCCCAGGACUCCCAUGCGCUGUGGGAGGAGGAGCUGAAGAGCCGCUCCAAGCUGGGUCUGCGUCUGGCUGAGCUGGAGAAGGAGAAAGGAGAGCUCAGCAGCCAGAUGGAGUUAGAGAAGAAGAAGGCCAAGAAGAUAGCGGAGCAGAAAAAGUCUGUGGACACCAGACUGGACCAGGAGAUGAAGAGAAACACAGAGCUACAGAAAGAAAUGUACAGGUUGCGGACACUGGUGAAGACGGCGAAGAAGAAGCUGCGGGAGCAGGACGGUGCCGGGGCUGAGUUUGGAUCGCCCAUGAGCAGCAUGAGAGGGGAGAUGGGCCACAGACAGGCUGAGGCUGACAUCGGCAGGAUGAAGAACAAGGUGGAUGACCUGUCGGUGCAGCUGGAGAAGGAGGUGUCUCGCUGCUGCCAGCUGGAUAGGGUCAACGGAGAGCUCAAGGAGCAACUAGCCUCCUUGAAGGGCCUGGGCCGCAGCAACGAGCGUCUCGAGCGUAGCAAGAGGCACCUGGAGGAGGAGUUGUUGGGCCUGCGGCGGCAGGUGGAGGCGGGGGUGAUGGACCAGACCCUGGUGGAUCAGUACCGGCGAGACGCAGAGGAGAGGGCCCGCCAGGAGAUCAGACAGAAACUGGAGGAGGUCAACCUCUUCCUACAGACCCAGGCGGCGUCCCAGGAGGCUUUGGAGCAGAUCAAGGCGGCAAACGAGGCCAGCUUGCGCUCCACGCUGGAGCAGCGUAUCCGGGAGCUGGAGGGCGAGCUGGGCAGAGCGCACUCCACACAGCACGACAGCAUGAGCCUGCGAGACUCCACCCGGACAGAGCUGGAUCGCUACCGGGAGCUCUACACUGAGGAGCUGCGUCUCCGAAAGGCCCUGGCUGCCAAACUAGAGAGGUCCAAUGAGCGGCUGGCGGAGGCCAACACCAAGCUGAUGAGCGAGCGCCACCGCAGCAAGUCCCUGAUAGCCAGCAGCAUUGUCAACGGCAGCCUGGGCGGGCCUCUGGACAUGAGCUCCCUGGGGUCGGUGGGGGCCUACGGGGCAACGCUGGGUCCCCUCAACAGGAGCCUUGGAGGGCCUCUCCUCAGCCCCCUGGGGGAUGGGGGUCAGAGCAGCAGGGUGGAGGCUUACCUGGCAAAGAUGCAGAAUGAAUUGGAGAGAAACAUAUCGAAGGAGUUGGACCAUGCGACAGCAGAGCUUGAGGGCUCUGCCCGGAUGUCUCCGGUGGGCUCUGCCUCGGGCUCCCCUACUAGCCUGGGUUGGGGUCUCAGUGUGGUGGAGGACCCGGUCAGCAGGGCCACACAGCAGUACCUGCAGGUGCUCAAGAAAAACUAUAUGAUUUGACCAGGCAGCAUUGGGCUUCCCAAAAGGAGCCACAACUGUCCACUUUACCAUGACCUGGGUGGUGUUUAUUAGGGCACUCGGUGGGAAAUGUUUUGCAAUGGAAGGCAAAAUUAUGUUUUUAAGUCCAGUUAUUCCUUCCGUUUCCGUCUGUUUUCUCCCGUUUGGUGCUCUAAUGAACAUUACCCUGGGCCUCAUCAAUGCAUGCUUUAUAUAAAAAGAACAUUGACAUUGAGAAAAACACUAAAGGCCAAAGCCACUACACUAUAACACAUUCCCCCCAAAAAAUGUUUACUCUUUAUUCUACGUCUUUUAAGAAAGGAAACAGAUGUGAUGCACAUUGCACUUACAGUGCAUUCGAAAAGUAUUCAGACCCCUUGACUUUUUCCACAUUUUGUUACGUCACAGGCUUAUUCUAAAAUGGAUUACCUCGAUUUUUUUCCCCUCAUCAAUCUACACACAAUACCCCAUCAUGACAAAGCAACAACAGAUUUUUAGAAAUGUUUGCAUAUGUAUUAAAAAUGUAAAAUUGAAAUAUCACAUUUACAUAACUAUUCAGACCCUUUAGUCAGUACUUUGUUGAAGCACCUUUGGCAGCGAUUAUGGCCUCGUCUUGUUUGGUAUGACGCUACAAGCUUGGCAUACCUGUAUUUGGGGAGUUUCUUCCAUUCUUCUCUGCAGAUCCUCUCAAGCUCUGUCAGAUUAGAUGGGGAGUGUCGCUGCACAGCUAUUUUCAGGUUUCUCCAGAGAUGUUAGAUCGGGUUCAAGUCCGGGCUCUGGCUGGGCCACUCAAGGAUAUAUCUAUAGAAUUGUCCCGAAGCCAGUCCUGCGCUGUCUUGUCUGUGUGCUUAGGGUCGUUGUACUGUUGGAAGGUGAACCUUCUCCCCACUCUAAGGUCCUGGGCACUCUGGACCAGGUUUUCAUCAAGGAUCUCGCUGUACUUUGCUCCAUUCGUCUUUCCCUCGAUCCUGACUAGUCUCCCAGUCCCUGCCGCUGAAAAACAUCCCCACAGCAUGAUGCUGCCACCACCAUGCUUCACCAUAGGAAUGUUGCCAGGUUUCCUCCAGACAUGACGCUUGGUAUUCUAGCCAAAGAUUUCAAUCUUGGUUUCAUCAAACUAGAUAUUCUUGUUUCCUUUCGGUGCCUUUCGGCAAACUCCAAGCGGGCUGUCAUGUGCCUUUUUCUGAGGAGUGGCUUCCGUCUGGCCACUCUACCAUUAAAAACCUGUUUGGUGGAGCGCUGCAGAGAUGGUUGUCCUUCUGGAAGAUUUUCCUAUCUCCAGAGGAACACUGUCAGAGUGACCAUCAGGUUCUUGGUCACCUCCCUGACCAAGGCCCUUCUCGCCUGAUUCCUCAGUUUGUCUGGACGACCAGCUCCAGGAAGAGCCUUGGUGGUUUCAAACGUCUUCCAUUUAAGAAUGAUGGAGGCUACUGUGUUCUUGGGCAUGAUCAAUGCUGCAGAAAUGUUUUGGUAACCUUCCCCAGAUCUGUGCCUCGACACAAUCCUGUCUCGGAGCUCAACUGACAAUUCGACCUCAUGGCUUGGUUUUUGCUCUGACAUGCACUGUCAACUGUGGGACUUAUAUAGACAGGUGUGUGCCUUUACAAAUCAUGUCCAAUCAAUUGAAUUUACCACAGAUGGACUCCAAUCAAGUUGUAGAAACAUCUCAAGGAUGAUCAAUGGAAACAGGAUGCACCUGAGCUCAAUUUUGAGUCUCAUAGCAAAGGGUCUGAAUACUUACGUAAAUAAGGUAUUUCAGUUUUUAUUUUUCAUACAUUUGCAAAAAAAAUCUCAAUUUGUUUUCGCUUUGUCAUUAUGGGGUAUUGUGUGUAGAUUGAGAUGUUUUAUUUCAUCCAUUUUAGAAGGCUGUAACCUAACAACAUUUUAAAGUCAAGUGGUCUGAAUACUUUUGGAAUGCACUGUAUACGUGAGAAAGAUUUUUAUCGUAUAUUUUUUUCAGAGCCAUAUUUUUUACAUAUUUGUUAUUAACCCCCUGGAGUCAAUGUCCGCGCCCCCUUGGACAUAUAAUCUAAACAUCUUCAUAAAAAUCUCUAAGCAAGAGAUAUCUGUUUUUUGCAUAGGCUACGUCUCAAUCCACCACAUUCACUGAUGUCAGCCUUCUGCAUCUACGGUGAAAGAUGGCAGAGCUACAGCUGUGUUUGUCAAACCAUGAGACAUCCCUAAAAUUGGCUCACGAAAACGUCUGUAGCGUCCGGCCUAGAAACUAUUAUGACUCCUCUAUGGAAAGAUGAGACUCUCACGAACACGUACAUGAUUUGCUCUGAGAUGCCCACAUACCUCACAAGACUUGUCUGAAUACUCACCCGGUACCACAAGACUCGCCCGGUAGCAGUUAAAAAAAUGAAUAGAAGUAUACACUCACCAGACAGUUUAUUAGGUACACCACCCCGUUCACGAAAAUGGAUCACUUCUACAGACAGUGAGUCACGUGGCCAGGGCUUGCUAUAUAAAGCAGGCAGGAAUUGAAGCAUUCAGUUACUGUUCGAUUGAAUGCUAAAAUUGGCAAAAUGAGUGACCUAAGCGACUUUGAGCGUGGUAUGCUCGACGGUGUGAUGCGCACCGGAUCCAAUAUCUCAGAAACGGCUGCCUUCCUGGGCUUUUCACGCACUAUGGUUCUGUGGGUGAAAACAGCUCAUUGAAAGAGGUCGAAGGCAAGCUAACAGGCGGGCCACAAACAGACAAAUAACGUUGCAGUACAACAGCGGUGUGCACAACGGCAUUUUGGAACACACAACUUGUCGAUUCUUGUCACGGAUGGGCUAUUGCAGCAUUUGACCACACUGGGUUCCACUCUUAUCAGCUAAAAAUAAGAAGAAGCGGUACCAGGGGACACGCCUUCUACACGACUUGACAAUUGAGGAGUGGAAAAACAUUGCAUGGAACAUGACAGCGAGUAGGGUUUACUUGAGUGGCCUGGCUCAGUCCCCAGACCUCAACCCGAUAGAGCAUCUUUCGGGAUGAGAUGGAACAGGCUGUUGGCAGCAUGAAUGUAUCGCCGUCCAAUCUGCAGCUACUACGUGAUUCCCUCGCGUCAGCAUGGACCGACAUCCCUUUGGAAUGUUUCCGACACCUUGAAGAAUGCCCUAAAGAAUUCGGGCUGUUCUGGAGGCAAAGGGCGGUCCGACCCGGUACUAGAUGGGUGUACCUAAUAAACUGUCCGGUGAGUAUAUGGAAGUAGUUUAGUGCGUAAAAAAAGGGGUUAAAUAUGUGCUAAAAGAUAUUAUAAUUUCCUGAUUUUUUUUAUCUCAUAUAUAGGACAGACACUUCAAAACAUGCUUCCUUUCAACAACAAAAAUUGUUUUUCCAUAUAUAAAUCUGUUAUUCAAUGCGUUUCAAUGGGCUAGUAGCAGUACAUUUUUAUAUUAUUUAUAUAUAUAUAUAUAUAGACAUGUAUAUAUAGACAUAUAUACAUACACAUAUAUACAUACAUAUAAGUCCUUAAGUAUUGUUACUCUUGAAUGAUCUUUUUUUUUUCUAUGGUUCAGUCCUUUUCAGUACAGUGUGUAUACACUAUAGGUUCCUGCGUACAGAUUGUCUUGAAAAUUGUUUGCCAUUUACUUGAUGGUAUUGAUUUAUUGGAUAUUUUAUGGUAUUGGAUGUAUGUACCAUGAGCAACAUUACCAAGAUAUCACUUUUUUUGGUAUGUGCCGUGUAAUGGUUCAAUAUGUUUAUUUCCUGGUUUGUCCUGGUUUUUUGUUGUUGUAAUGCACAACAUAUACUUGAAUGAGACAAACUAAGAUAUUCUGUAGUUAUUUAAACAGGGUACCUGUAUUUUGUAGGACCUCGUUACAUUAGUUUUUGUUUGAUCUUAGUUACAAAAAAUAUUACAUCGGAGAACAUGUUUUACAUUUCAGUAUUUUUUUAAGGUCGACAGUUGCUAUAAAAAAAUAAUUUAAGGAAAAAGAGAAUAUCCAUCUGAACCCUUGUGCAGUACAUUACAGAAGAUCUGUACAUUUAUUAAUAAAAGUCUACAAACAUUUGUUCAUUUUUCAUGUAUAGAUUGUACACCCAUGUGUGAUCCCAACUUUCGUUAGCUCGUUUGACAUGUUUUACACCCUCCCCACUCCUAACACACACACACCACAAAUCAUUCAUGUCUGAAACCUGAUGUUAUACACUUUAAAAACCGCAUUCCCCUCUACUUCUUAAAAUUAGGGUCUGUAGUGUGUUUAUGAUGCCCCCAUCCCGUGUGUCUCCUUUGAUCAGUCCUCUGUCAUCUUCUGAUGUUGCUAUAUUCAAAUUUGGUUACAUUUACUUGUUUCCUUUACAGUUCGAUGGGCACAUCUGACAGACUGACUGCAUUAUAAUUAUUUGUUUCAUUCUUUUACAGACACAACUUCAAACAUUAUUAUCAAGUUGUAGAACAGGGAGCCAUACAAAUAGACAGAAUGUGAUUAAGACAUGUUGGAGAGAUUGUAAUGAAAAUAAACGCAUGCAUAAAACAAAUCAUUUCCACAGUGGGUCAUUCUGUUUCUAUAAUGCCGUUCUGUUGAUGCCACUCCGUUCUCUCCGCUUGCCAGUCAAACCAAUAAAUAGACUUCGGGGAAACUAAAAGGUCUCUGUUUCCCACCCAAUGGCCCCAUAACGAGCUAGCAAGUCGAUCGGCAAAGGUCACACUUGAUUUUUUUGGUUUUACCGUUAUGAUUAACAUCUUCAACUGGUCUACCUCAAUACUGUGCAAAUAUAUAUAUAUUUUUUAACAUUGAUAGACAUUCCCCUGUCUUGUUGGUAAAUUAAUAAUAUGGCCUCAAAUUAGUCAAACCUGGACUAAUUAAACACUUUUUGUACAAAUAAAACAAUGUGGCAGUGCUAUUGUACAUCGUUCAUAUUGUCUGCUAUAGACAGCUUCAGACAUGGCCGGCACUGCCUACACAGUUCAAGUAUAUGUAAUGCUUACUGGGACUGAACAUGACAGAAAAUAAUUGACUUCCUCAGUGGUCUGUUUUUUUUCUCCACAUCAGUGGAACUUCCUGUAUAUUGUAUGACAGACAAGCAAUGCAUUGCAGUCAGCUCCAGGGGGUUUGAUAGUAGUGCUGUCACAAUACUACUGUACCAUACUCAAUUUUCCAUGUCAAAAGAAAAAGAAAAAAGGAAACCGCACACUGCUGUUGAUAGUAUCACUGAUAUUUAAUAAGCUUACGUAUCGGCCUCGCGGCCUUCGUCGGAGCUUUUGUGAUUUUUUUUAAAAUUAGCACCCUUAUGUAGACCUAGCCCCACCCACAUCCGUUCUACACAUCGACAGGAGUUGGAGGCAAAGGAAAAACAAAUAAGUGCUACCAAAUAUAACAAUAUGCAUUUCAUAAAUAUUAUAGAAGUGUAUAAAUAAUACGUAUUAAACACGUCUGUAAAGCCACAAUGAGGACAUAGCAAGUUUUCAUUAAUCACAUAAAUAGGCACAUAAUUCAUGUUCAAAUUUACAACAUAACAUACAUAGGCAUUUCAUCAUUAAGUCCUUUAGGAAAUAAUGUCUGGAGGGUGAAAAUCCAAAAACAUACUCCCCUACUCAGAGUAUUAUUAAUAUCACCUCCCCUGUCUGAUAUCUUAACUUUCUCUAUACCACAAAACCUAAAGGUAGAAAUGUCAUGCUUUAGGUCAUUAAAAUGUACUGCGACUGGAUAAUCCCUGUAGUUUCUCCUGAUUGAACUUUUAUGUUCACUAAUUCUCUGUUUGAGAGAGCGGGUGGUUUUACCGACAUAGCUGACCCCACAUGCACAUUUAAUAAUGUAAAUAACAUGGGUGGUGGAACACGUAAUAAUGUAAUUUAUUUGGAACUGUUUUCCUGUAUGUGGGUGACAGAAAUAUCCACACUUCAUCAUAUUAUUGCACUGUGCGCAUCCUCUGCAUUUAUAGCUACCAUUUGGUAGAGGGCGUAAAAGAAGAAAGAAAGAAAACGGAAGAAUAUGGUACUUGGUACCAUAUGCUACUUUAACACUGUAGGGUGUGAACUUAGUCUAGACCCUACAGCCUUCUCUUCAAAACCAGACACAAGGAGGUCUUCACUCUGUUGUGAAAGUGUUAUGAAAUGUAAUGUCAUGUAAUAUUUGAAAUUGUAUAUAACUGCCUUAAUGAUGCCAAAUGGUCUGGGGCUGUUUUUCAUCGCCGCCAUUGGACUCUGGAACAGUAGAAACGCCUUCUCUGGAGUGAUGAAUCUGGGUUUGGCGGAUCCCAGGAGAACGCUACUUGCUCCAAUGCAAAAAGUGCCAACUGUAAAGUUUGGUGGAGGAGGUAUAAUAUUCUGGGGCUGUUUUUCAUGGUUCGGGCUAGUUCCAGUGAAGGGAGAUCUUAACGCUACAGCAUACAAUUACAUUUUAGACGGUUCUGUGCAUUUGGGGACAGUUUGGGGAAGGCCCUUUUCCUGUUUCAGCAUGACAGUGCCCCCGUGCACAAAGCGAGGUCCAAUGGUUUGUCGAGAUCGGUGUGAAAGAACUUGACUGGCCUGCACAGAGCUCUGACCUCAACUCCAUCGAACACCUUUGGGAUGAAUUGGAACGCCAACUACGAGCCAGGCCUAAUCAACCAAAAUCAGUGCUAGGCCUCACUUAUGCUCUUGUGUCAGGUGUAACAGGGUUGGUUAUGUUUCCACUUGCCUCUAAAGAAAUGUGUAUUUGAUGUUCAAGCAUUCUUAUUGGUUAGUUCAAUUCUGAUGACAAUAAGGGGUGUUGUGAUUGGCCCCACUUGCAGAUAGGGGGAGAUCGCGAACGUCAGGUCUUCCCAGUAUGAAAAUGUGAUGCAAGGGGUAGGUCACGUUCUGAAUACUGUUUUCUAUUUUCUAUUUUACAAUGUGUACAAGUUUGCUGUACGUUACUGAUUUUAUACAUGUGUGGGUACAUGGUACCUGUUAGGGAUUGAGGGGCUUUCUGGGAUGUGCUUUGGCAUAUGAUUGCUGUAAAUAAUUGUGUUAGCUAGCAUACACCGAUGUCAUGGUCACAUAAGCCACGGCUAACACAGUUGUCUUCAUGCUACAGAUUUUGUCAUCGACAGCCAUCAACACUGUUAAGCCCUGCACAACUAACGUGCUGUUUCCCAUUUAACAACAGGUAUUUAUACAUGUUAUAUUUUGUAUUGUAUUUUUGUAUUUUGUUCGCCCAGUAUGAAAAUGUGAUGCAAGGGAUUUUGUCAUCGACAGCCAUCAACACUGUUAAGCCCUGCACAACUAACGUGCUGUUUCCCAUUUAACAACAGCAGAAAUAAAUGAUGCUCAACUGGGA